AUGUCAGCGAUCUCCGCCCAAGGCGGCACGACGGCGAGAGGAGCCACGAGAAGAAAUGACGAACGCAUUGUACAGGCCAUUUCCCCGCUCUCUUCCGACCCACAGUACGCACAAUCUCGUGGCGCGAGUUCAGGCUGGGCUGAUAAUUGCUCGUCAACGAGGCCACAGAUUGACGAUGGGCUCGAGUUUGAGCUCAAGGAGCCUCCUACAGAAGCACAGGAGCAGGAGGUCUUCGACCUCGACGAUGACCUUGCUAUCCCACUCGAGCCGUGGAGCGAGCGAUUCUUACAGGAAAACUUUCCGAUUCCCGAAGGCGUUGUUGAAGUCGAUCCGAGUGACUUUAACGUCCCAGCUCUCGUGGAACAUUACGGAUAUAAAUUCAGCGAUACCGUAGGCAAGCCCAAGCAACGAGCCCUCUUGGUUGGAAUCAAGGGGACUGAACUGAAGGGGCCACAUAAUGAUGUGGAAGAUAUGAAAAGACUGCUAAUUGACAACUACAACUGGCCGGAAAGGAACAUCAUGAUGCUCAAGGAUGAGGAUUCACAUUCGAUAUACUAUCCGACCCAGAGAGUCGUCUUUGACCAUUUAUUUAUGCUCGUACACGAAGCUCAACCGGGAGAUCAUUUAUUCAUGCAUUUUGCUGGCCAUGGCUCUCAGAUACAAGACCUGGAUGGGGAUGAAGCCGACGGGUUGGAUGAGGUUAUAUGCUGCGCGGACGGCAAGAUCAUUGUUGACGAUCAACUACAUGAUAUUCUGGUGAAACCACUUCCGAAGGGAUGCAGCCUGGUGGCGGUCUUUGACUGUUGCUCGAGUGGUACUGGCUUGGACCUGGUGAGAACUCCAAUGGGUACAACUCCGAGUGCUUCUCCCCGCAUCGCCAACCGCGAGGUUCGGGAACUUCAGUUCAAUGCUACGUUUGCGAGUGACCUGCCUCAUAGUUUUUCUGCCAAAGAGGCGGCUCCGGACGGCACCGUCAACGUAGUCCCCAUUGAGACAAAAGGGCGAAAGAAGCAUAGUGAUGGGGAUGUAGUCAUGUGGUCCGCAUGUCAGGACAGCGCAAGCUCGCACGAGAUCGUAACGAAUGAGGGGGUCAAUAAGGGUGCUUUAUCUCACGCGUUUAUGAUGUCGCUUCGUCAUACACCUGAACAAACCUACAGACAGCUGCUUCAAUCGAUAGAACACUUGUUUGAACGGUGGGAAGUUCACCAAACACCACAGCUCAACAGCUCUCAUAAACUGGCAAGUAUCCUGGCCUCUCACCAAUAUUGGCUUACCAGUGGCAGGACCGUGAUGGAUCGUUCCGCAUCUAAAUAA